UUCCCUCCCUUUCAACCCCACUCAACCCCUUCGCUCUCUCCUCCUGCAGGCCAUGGCUGCAAAACUGAUUCUUCUCGUGCUUUUGCAAACCCUCAUCCAGUACCCACAGAUGGUGGGUGAUGGGCUGGAUGAGGUCACCCGUCUGCACAUGGAGCUGCGUGAAAAGCUCCUGGACAGAGAGAUGACUCGGCUGCUGCAGGAGCUGGAGCAGAGCAGCCUGGAGCGCAGUGUCAGGGCCUGGGGAGCCCUGCUCUGGGCUGCCUUGCAACAGGGGGACUUCUGGGAUCUGGCUGGAGUCCUGGGCCUUCUCUUGUCGCUGUGGUUUAUCCGCAGCAGAAGGAGCCGCCAGCCAGCCAACAAUGGUCGGGAGGCGGGGGCAGGUGAUGGCGAUGGUGGUGGAAAUGAAGGGGAAGAAAACCGUGAUGCGAUUGCGUGGGAAGUCAACAACGGUGAUGCAAUUGAAGGAGAAGACCACGAUGUUGCCAAUGAAGUAGAAGAGGAUAUUAUUACCCACAACCUGAGACGGAGUUUAGAGGAACACAUAGAGCACCUGAUGGAAGGGAGCGCGAUGACAAAUUUCCUGAUGGACAGCUUCAUGAUGUUCUUUGGACACCUUUUGUCAGACAGUUCAUACCCAGUGCCGCAACGAGCCAUUGGGGUGGGCAGUGCCUUUGAAGGCUGGAGUCCCCGGGAGGAGGAUGUGGUGUACAGUGUCCUUGUACCUCUCACUCCUCCCCCGGGGCACACCUUCCAUCUGGAGAUGGACACUUCAGGGUACAUACCCGGCAGGAACUUCUUCAUCCGCGUGGAGCCGGUGUGCACCUGCCCAAGGGAGCAGCAGCAUGACAACGUGCUGUGCUCCCUCCACCACCACCCAGAGGAUGAGCAGAGGAGGAACGAGGAGCCCAACUUCCUAAACACCCUCUGCACUGGCUCCUACCUGGAUGUGGAGAAAACUGCCCGCUGGUUCUACCAGUUGGUGAGAGCGGCCUGGCCGGCUUUGCCUCAGUCACACAGUUGGCAAUUAGUGCUGCUGCCCUCCAGCCGCUGCUGCAAAUUCAAGCUGACCAGAGGCAGACAGAGCCUGACGGUUGAGUUGCUCUUUGGAGUGCAAGAAGGCAAUUCAGACAUCUACGUGAGCAGCCAGCAUACAGAGGCCCUCUUCACCCCAAGCAUAGUGUGGCCUGAGACCUACGCCGUGGCAGAGAUGAAGUUCUUCAGGCUCAUUGCCCGGCAGUCUCCACCUAACAGCUGGCACCUCAAGUGCCUGCAUGUCUUGGCCCGAGCUCUUCUGGGCAUAGACUUCUCCACCUAUACCCUGAAGACCAUUGUGAUGCACCUCCUGAACACCAUACCUCUGUCAGGCUGGCGCAUGAGGCAUUUCCGGCGGCAGCUGGAGGAUACCAUGGAGUACCUGCGUGGCUCCCUGGAGGAGAAACGCCUUGACCACUUUGUUGUGGGCAACCGGACAUUUCCUCAAGAGAUUCUCUUGCCCACGGAUGUCAAAACGGCCGAGCCACCCAACCUCUUCCAUCGCCUGGCACAGGAUCCGGCCGCCCACACGCAGGCAAUGAACGAGUGCCGUGAACUGGGACAUCGGCUCUCAAGAAUGCUGCACGAUGGCCAUUGAAAGAAAUCUUCCUGCACACAGCUGUGCUUGGGGGGCUCACAGCUGGUGAAAGACAAGCACCUCCUACUGCAAGGAAAAAAGUGAGGAGCAUGUCGACAGAGAGAGGGAAAGGAAAACCCUUUGCAGCAGCACUCUGCCAUCAGCAUUCCCCUCUGCCCAGCACAGCCUCCAGUGAUGACCAGGGGGCUACAAAGAUGACUUUCAUCCUCCUUUCCCCUCACACUCUCAUGGCCAUUGUGGCCAUUUUAGAUGGGCCCAGGAAUGCAUUCUGGUACCUCCAGCUGCUCAGGGAUCAAGCGAGAGGCAUCGCUAAUGUUCCUAAACUGUAUCUCUCCUUGUUCCCUGAAGGGAUAUCUUUAGGUCAGCAUUGCACACACCAUGUGGGACCUGACCUGAAAAUUUUUAAUUUAUACUUUAGAACAUUAUCAUUAUUACAUGUAUUAUAUUUAAUAUUUCAUAUAUCUAUUGAUAUUUAAUAUAGCAUAUAGAUAUUUAACCUAAUAUCAUAAUAUUUUAACAUAUUAGUAUAGCAUUUAUAGACUCUCAGCGUGUUUCCCCCUGUCCCCUUAAGGGACACCUUUAGGUCAGCCUUGCACCAAGACUGUCAACCCCAGCCUCUGUUGGAGCUGACCUUAAUGUUUUUAUAUAUAAAUAUAGAAGUUUUUAAAUUUUUAGAUAUAUAUAGAUAAUAUAGACUAUAGUUAGUAUAUUUGAUAAAAUAUUAUUUUUUUGCAAACACGGCACCAAUAGAUCUGUCCCAGCACAUUUUAAUGCCCUGUAGUCACUGCAUUUAGGACUGGCAAUCCAGAAACUGCUUUCCCCUUGCUUCAAUAAAGAGUGCUAUUCUAGAA